AUGGUGUGUGCGGCUAAAAGAGAAGUCAUACUUUCUGGAAAGAAUGCAGCAAGCGUCAUUGAGGUACCCAAUAUUGACUUCAUGCUGCCGUUUACUAUUCCUUUUCUUGGUUCAAUAUUCGGCAAUUCCGUCCUCAUCCACAUCAUACGAACAGAUAACUCUCUGAAGACCACUAUUAACUGUCUGAUUCUAUACCAAGCAGUGGCCGACCUUUUGAUAUCAGUAGCAAGGCUGAUAGAUAUUUCACUUCCUAUUAAUUAUACACUUGGAUAUCUCUGGUUUGGCGGCCUCGCGGGUACCAUUACUUGCAAGUUUUAUCAUUUUUUGCUGCUUCUUCCACCGGUGUUUUCAGUUUGGCUCUUAGUCAUGAUUGCUGUUGAGCGCUUCUAUGCAGUAACUCGCCCCCUGCAAUUAUCACCUCUGUCACGUCAUUUGAAAAAAUUCAUUAUUGGAAUAUGGAUUUGGUGUUCAGCUUCUUUGUUAGACAUCAUUGUACAUGGAUUUUCGACAAAAAAUGGAGAACGUUAUUAUUGCAAUUUGAAAUUUUGGUGGAUAUCGAUGGCUUUCUGUCUGUUUAAUACCGUUCUUUGUCUUUUCCUGAUUGCUGUCCUGUACGCAAUCGUGAGUUACGAACUGUGGCUACGUAAGGUUCCAGGAGAAGGAAACAGUCGUAACCAAAGACAAGCCGAAGCCAGGAGGACAGCAAAAAGAAUCACGCUGAUGAUGAUUGGUAUUGUCCUUUUGUAUUUUAUCUGCUGGGUUUCUACAGAAAUGGUGAUCACAAUGCAUUUCUGGAAAGUGCAGUUGCCAGAAAGCGUUUUUCGACUAUGUAGCAAUUUAAUUGUUCUUUUCAGCUGCUUAAAUCCUUUUAUCUAUUUUACUUUUAUUCAAAACUUUCGGCGUGCUUUUAAGGGUCUGCUUGAAAAUUGCUUUAAAAGGGCAAAAAUUCAUCGUGUUCUAUCCUUUCGAUCCCAAAGCGCAGACCUACAGCAAAUAUGA